GAGAGAGAGAGAGAGAGAGAGAUGGAGUUAGAGAGAAAGAGAGAGAGAGAGAGAAAAAAAAGUAGAGAAAGAUCAAAGGCAAAAUAGGGAAAUCGAUAUCAACCCAGACGAUCCCCCAACCCCCUCCUUCAAGUAUGUCAGAUGCACGGCGAGAGACCGGCACUGGCAGAUACACCCACGCCUACGCGGCCCUGCCGGUGACGGGACGCGAUAAAGGGCUCGAGGGGUGCGGGGCGGGGGAGACUUGUCCUCGGAGAUCCGGGUCCUGGGCCACAGCGCCGUGCCGGCGUUCGUGCCCUCUACAGAGUAGGCCUCGGAACGCUGUUGCUGCUGGCGUUCAGGAACGGAGCGGCAACGGUCGUGGAAAGGUUGAUGGUGGGGAUGGCCGUCCUCGUCGUGCUCAGGAGCCCCGGCCCAACCAGGCUGCUGAGGGUGGUGGGCAGGAGGGUUGUGCUGGGUAAUGUCGUGUUUAGAGUCGGCAGAGAAGAGCUGCUGACGCGCGGCGGCGUGGGAGUAGGGAUCGCCGUGGUGGGCAAUGCUGUGUUCAGGGAAGCCAGAGUUGUGGAGAGCGUCAGGUUGGUAGACGUCGGGGUCCCAGUCAGGGCUGGUACUGGAUUGAUGUUGAAAUACCCACUGGGGACGGUGAUGGUGGGAAGUGUCGUGUUCAAAGCUGACGGAGUGAGUGAGCUUAGGGUGGACUGUGUCAGGGUCGGUAGGACUCGGGUCGACAAAGUGGUGUUUAGGAUGGGUGGAAGAGAAGUGCUGAAGAUUGAAGAUGGCACGGAUAGGCUAGUCGGAAGACCACUGAUUAUCGUAGGAUCGAUUAUUUGGCUUGAGAGCGUCGGUGAGGUGGUCGGUAAAGUCAGAUUCAGCGAGGUAAGAGUAGUCGGAAGACCGCUGAUUGUCGAAAGACUGCUUAUUUGGCUUGAAAGCGUUGGCAAAAUGGUAGAUAAAGUCAGAUUCGGCGAGUUGAGGCUAGUCGGAAGACCACUGAUUAUCGUAGGAUCGAUUAUUUGGCUUGAAAGCGUCGGUGAGUUGGUAGGUAAGGUUAGACUGCUUAUUUGACUUGAAAUCGUUGGUACAAUGGUAGAUAAGGUCAGAUUCGGCGAGGUGAGGCUAGUCGGAAGACCACUUAUUAUCGUAGGAUCAACUAUUUGGCUUGACAGCGUCGGUGAAACGGUUGGUGCAAUAGUAGAUAAAGUUAGAUUCAAGGAGGUCAAGCUAGUCGGAAGACCACUGAUUAUGGUAGGAUCGACUAUUUGGCUUGACAGUGUCGGUGAAACGGUUGGUGCAAUAGUAGAUAAAGUUAGAUUCAAGGAGGUCAAGCUAGUCGGAAGACCACUGAUUAUGGUAGGAUCGACUAUUUGGCUUGAGAGCGUCGGUGAGGUGGUAGGUAAGGUUAGA